GCAGGUUCUCAAAAAUAGCAUUGUAAACACAACAGGUAAUUUGCAUUAUUAAGACUUAUAUGGUAUGAUUUCCUCAAAAAAGAUCUAGACACUAGAAAAUGAGAACACAAAACAAGGGAACACUAAGCGGAAGACUAGCAAAUGAGGAGAGCUGAAGAGGUAUAGAUUUUUUCCUGCAUUAUAGAGAAGAUCCUGAGGCACUUCAACAAAACACAAUGGAACUAAGGACUCUUCUGCUGUUGCUACUUUUGGGGCCCAUGCAAGGGGUGUUCACUCAAAUGCCUAUAACUGCACUUACUGAAAGAACAGUUGUGGAGGAAGAUCAAGGUAGUGGUCUGUUAGAGGUGGAACAGGAACAUGAGUUGGCAGACACAUACUGGUCUGGCACAGCCCCCCUUUGUUUUGGAGGUUGUAAGGGAAGACACAGGGAGCUGAAGAGAGAUAGUUGUGGAGACUUGGAGUGCUGCUGGGUGGGAUACAAAUCCCUCUGUAGAGUGAAUUGUGGAAAGCCUGAUGUGGACUUUAAUGGGGUGGUGUCUGGGGAUGAUUGGUGGGUAGGUGCUGUGGUGCGAUAUGACUGCAGGCCGGGGUUCGUUUUGGUGGGGGAUCCAGCCCGAGUCUGCCAGUCCAAUGGAAAAUGGACCCCCAAACCAUCAUGCCUUAGAGUGUGUCAUCAUGGCCGGGUGGAGAUCAAUGAGAAAGACAUUGACGGGACGUGCUCAUCCACCUGUCCAGAUUCUAAGAGCUAUGCAAUCCCUCUGAACCAUGACUGCAGUCGCAUUGAGAAUUGCAGGACUAAAGAAUCUGGCUGGAAGCAUUGGUUUACACAAUGUAACUACUGCGACUGCGACUGCUUUAUUCCCUGUGGAACUAGAGUGAACUAGAUGGCUGCUAGUUGAAACAUUAUAGUGGCAACUAAUACAGUAACACAUUGUAGCAAAAUCUUAUAUUUGUAACAUUAGAAAUACAAAUAUUUACUUUGUCAAAUGCUCUGUUAGCUUCUGCAGAAUAGAAGAUUGUGAAUACAUUUUCAUUUUUAUAAUUUUUGAUGAAGACAUUUGUCCACAAGUUUUAUGGAAACCACCUUCAGAAAUAACUUUUAUUUCAUGGUAAAGAAUGAAGGUUGAGGUGCAUCCUUAGCAGAUUUUUUUUUUAAACUGAAGAUAAAGACAUUUCAUACUCAUCUCAUCAGGUUUAAUUUCACUGGUAUUGGAGGCUGGAGACUACAAAACCUGGAUACUGAAAUGUUGCUGUUUUUCUGGUCUCUUAUCUGUUUAGUACAGAGUUGAAUCGUGUUAUUCUGCUAUCAUAAGCCAGGUGAGGAAGGAACUCUGUGAGCAUUUUCUUACAGCAUUUAUUAACCUUUGAAAAUAAUAGUAAAUAAAAGUGCAAUAAACACAGUUCAUUAACUAAUGUUAACAAAUAUAACUUUUGAUUUAAAAAAUGGUAUUGGUAUAUUUUGAAAUUAACAUGAACCAAUAUUAGUAAAUGCUGUAAAAUGAUUGUUCAAUGUUAAGUUCA